UGCAAUGAAAUCCGUCCGGUAGCGCCAGCGUCUGGUUCUCUUCUUCGGGUCGCCAUUUUGUUCAUGAUAAUUUGAUUUGGUGUUGUUAUAUUGUGUUGCGUCUUUAACGGGAAAUAUGUCACGUUAUGGUGACUGCAAGGUAUAUGUGGGAGAUUUAGGAAAUAAUGCGAGUAAACCCGAGCUGGAAGAUGCAUUUUCAUAUUACGGACCCUUGAGAAACGUUUGGGUAGCUAGAAACCCGCCCGGCUUCGCUUUUGUAGAAUUUGAAGAUCCUCGUGAUGCAGAAGAUGCAAUACGCGGACUGGAUGGAAGAACAAUAUGUGGUCGACGAGCUCGUGUAGAAAUGUCCAACGGUGGUCGUGGUUAUGGAGGCCGAGGACCACCUCCUCGCUCUCGUCUACCACCCCGACCGUAUGACGACCGCUGUUAUGAUUGUGGAGACAGAGGCCAUUAUGCUCGUGACUGUACUCGCCGUCGCCGUCGCAGCCGUUCGAGGUCCCGUCGUCGCACGCGCUCUCGCUCGCCCAGGUCUGGCUCUCGGUCUCGCAGCCGCAGCAGGUCCCGCUCCCGUUCCAAGGCACGGUCUAUGUCGCGGUCAAGAUCUCGUUCUCCUUCCAAAGACUCGAAAAAAUCUAACUAGACAUGUUACACUUGUACUGUGAAUACAUUAACUAUUAUAGUUUUGCUUAUAUCAAAUUAUUUCAUUAUGUAUAACAGUCACUCAAAUAGAGUGUAAUUAAAUCUUACGCUCCACCGGUACGUCAGUUGUAAGACAUUAUCAUUCCUGUGUAUGUGUAUUGAUUUUAUAAGUUGAAGAACGAUUGAUUUUGAGAUCAAUAAAUUGACGUUUUAAAGA